UCUUCGCUUCGUCCCCGCAAUGCGAGCGUCUCGCCUAUUCUAUGACCUCCAACUUUGUUGAAUUACUGGAUCCCCUCUAUUCACACAGCGAGCGCAGAAAGAGAGAGUGAGUAAGACUGGGACUCACAGUCAGAGACAGUGGUGUGAAUGAGUGGGGGGAGAGAGGGAGAGAAAGACAGAAAUCUAAACGAAGAAAGUAAUAGCAGGUUUUCUUUUUCAUGUUCGUUGUAUUCAGGUUUAAAGAGAGAGGGAAAAGUGAGAGAUUACAACAUAUCCGGGCGAAAGUGAGUGAGGGAUAGAAAAGAAAGGGAGAGCACCCUGUAAUUUCUUUUAAAGACGUUUUCCAUACUUCUCCGCCCGGCUAAGCAGUUUCUCUGAGCAAGACAGACGCUGAAGUGUAUUAAAAUGAUAAGGAUUUUUGUGGCUUGGAUCACUUUGGUCGCCAUCUCCGUGAUGGUGGAGGGUGCUCGCGGUGGAUAUGGGAUGAGUAUGUUUGCCGCGCAGUCCUCGCCUCCAGACCCGUGCUACGACGAGAACGGCAGCCCCAGGAGGUGCAUCCCCGAUUUUGUGAACUCCGCUUUCGGAAAAGAUGUGCGUGUUUCCAGCACCUGUGGAAACCCCGCAGCCAGGUACUGUGUUGUGACCGAGAAAGGAGAGGAGAGAUCCAGGGACUGCCACACUUGCGACGUCUCGGAUCCAAAGAAGUCUCACCCUCCGGCGUAUUUGACAGACCUCAACAAUCCACACAACCUCACUUGUUGGCAAUCAGAGAACUAUGUUCAGUAUCCACAGAAUGUGACUCUCACUUUGUCUCUGGGCAAAAAGUUUGAGGUAACGUAUGUGAGUUUGCAGUUUUGCUCGCCACGACCAGAAUCCAUGGCAAUCUUUAAAUCUAUGGAUUAUGGAAAGAAUUGGGUUCCGUUCCAGUUCUACUCAACGCAGUGUAAGAAAAUGUACAAUAAACCUAGCAAAGCGGUGAUUACAAAGCAAAACGAACAAGAGGCGAUUUGUACGGAUUCGCAUACAGAUAUGCAUCCUCUGACUGGUGGGCUUAUAGCGUUCAGCACCUUGGAUGGCAGACCCUCUGCGCACGACUUUGACAACUCUCCCGUGCUUCAGGACUGGGUCACGGCGACUGACAUCAAGGUGAUAUUUAGUCGACUGCACACGUUCGGGGAUGAGAAUGAGGACGACUCGGAGUUGGCGAGAGACUCCUAUUUUUAUUCGGUGUCAGAUCUGCAGGUUGGUGGCCGAUGCAAGUGUAACGGCCACGCUUCGAAAUGCGUAAAAGACAGGGAAGGAAACUUGGUAUGUGAAUGCAAACACAACACCGCGGGACCAGAGUGUGACAGGUGCAAGCCUUUCCACUAUGACCGGCCUUGGCAGCGCGCGACGGCGAGAGAGGCAAACGAAUGUGUUGCUUGCCACUGCAACCUGCAUGCACGCCGCUGCCGCUUCAACAUGGAGCUGUACAAGCUGUCAGGACGCAGGAGUGGAGGUGUAUGCCUCAACUGCAGGCACAACACAGCUGGCCGACACUGCCACUACUGCAAGGAGGGCUACUACCGGGACAUGACCAAGGCCAUCUCCCAUAGACGUGCCUGCAAAGCAUGUGACUGCCACCCAGUUGGUGCUGCAGGUAAGACCUGCAAUCAGACUACAGGCCAGUGCCCAUGCAAGGAUGGUGUGUCUGGCAUUACGUGCAACCGCUGUGCCAAAGGGUACCAACAGAGCCGCUCACCGAUCGCCCCCUGCAUCAAGAUUCCAGUUGCUUCUCCCACUGCUACAUACACCAGUUCAGAAGAACCAACAGACUGUGAUUCCCACUGCAAGGUCACUAAGGGCAAACUUAAGGUCACCAUGAAAAAGUACUGCAAGAAAGACUUUGCUGUCCAGGUUCAUGUGCUGAAGGGUGACAAGGCGGGAGAGUGGUGGAAGUUCACCAUCAACAUCAUUUCUGUCUACAAGCAAGGCGAGCACCGCAUCCGCCGUGGCGAGCAGCUGCUGUGGCUGCGCGCCAAGGACGUGGCCUGCAAGUGCCCCAAGAUCAAGCCUGGCCGCAAGUAUUUGCUCCUAGGCUCAGACGAGGGUGACACACGCGGCCAGAGCGGCGUGGUGGCCGACAAGGGCAGCCUGCUCAUCCCCUGGAAAGACCUGUGGGCCCGCAGGCUCCGCAAGUUCCAGCAGCGCGACAAGAGGGGCAAGUGCUAGAGGGAGCUGUAGAGGGCCAGAGAGGGGCAGAGGAACCUGGUGGGGGCAGGGGUGGAGGGGUGCCAGAGGGAUGUAUGAGCAGAGCGCUGCUAAGCAGACAGAUGUCGGUAGCCUUUCAUAGGAACUGUUGUGAAGAAAGCCCAGUUUUGCAGCUUUGUCCUCAGUUGUCUUUUGUUUUUGUUUUCCUCUGAUUUUUUUUGUCUCAUAUUUCAUGUUGUGGAUUUUGCAGAGUUUGCACCUAAUGUUACGUAUACAGUGUAAAGUCAUUUUCAAAUGCUCGGUUUUGGUGUCUCUCACAUUAUUUCUUUUUAUACCCUCUCAAUUGCCCAAGCCCUUUUUUACAGAACAUAAAAACAAGGUUAGCCACUGUGUCACAUACGCUUUUCUGGACUAUAUUUUGUCUUAUAAGACAAGUAUUGUGAUUUACAGAGUUUUCUCUUCUUCUUUUGAGAUGCUGACAUUUGCUUGGACUAGUUAUGACAAAGCUAAAGUUAUUUUAUAGGAGUUACUGUAUGUUGAUCAUGUUUAAGCUGUUAUCUACAAGAUAAGUUCAAAGAGUAAACUAACACACUCUAAAACCACACUUUUAAGUAAAGAAUUAUGGGCAAUACCUCAAUUCAGAUUCUCAGUGUUUUCAGCUAUUUGAAGUGUUCCAAGGAAACGUGAUAUCAUGUUUCAUUACAUAAUGUUUUAAAUCAGCAUGAACCACUACUCAUGUAAGUUGAAUGUUCUUUUUUUUUAAUGUUAUUUGCAAUGUACAGUAUAGCAUAUUUGACCUUAGAUUACCAUAGUGUGAGUCUAUUAAAGACAUAAAGCGUAAUCUUUAACCACUUAAUGAUCCUUGAUAGUGAUUAAACUUUCAUAAGUUAAGUUUAGAAAUUCAGGCUCACUUUCAAGGUACACUUUGCAUGACACAUGGAGGUAUGGUAGCUUAUGUUUCCUGAACACUUAUAAUUAACAUUUUGUUAAAUCCAUUUGAAAAUCCUAAAGGCCAGAAAAUGUAUCCUCCUUGACCGAAAAGAAGAAAAAAAAAUGUGUGGAAUGGCCAGCCUGAGCUUCACAGUAAUCAUGUUGAAGUACUGAUCAGAUCUCAUAAAGAUUCCCAAUUUGUGGGCAAUUUUAAGGGAUGAUUUUGUUUCCUCCAUAUGUCAUGGUGUGGGGAGAAGCUCACUGAUAUUAUUUUUAGCCCAAACCUCAACCACUUUAACUUGUGCAGGUUUGUUUAACUGUUUAUUUUGUAGUCAUUCAUAAGCCAUCAUGCAGUAAUGGUUGGGACACUAUAUAAAGAUGGAAUUUUUUUUGAAAGCCUUAAAUAGAAAACAGUCUUAAGGAAAAUAAAUUUACAUUAUUGAAGACCAUGACAAUGUAAUAAAGCGUGGGCCUAUAAUUUGCUUGGUACUUUGUGGAAGAUAUUGUUCCAUUGUUAUUUGUAUAGUUGUAUAGUUUUUUGUAUGACAUAAAUUAGGUUAUAUUCAUGUUAUUAACCAGAGUGUUUAGUUCCAUCAACCCUGUUUGGACAGAAGAUUAAGACUGUUAGGUCUUUUUGUUUGUUUGUUCGCUUGUGUACAUUAAUUGAUCAAAUGGAGAGGAAUUUGUACAGUAUCUGUGCUAUGAGAAUGGAAUGUUUUAACACAUACACAUACAAACAUUUUUUGAUUAAUGGACUGAUUCAUUCUCUGUCUAUCCCUCCCUCUCACUCUCUCCCUCUCUCUCACACACAAUGCAAUGGAUUUUAGAUCUAGUCAUAUUAUUUCUCUCUCUCCUCUCUCUUUUUGUAUGUCUCUCUCUCUUUCUUAUCAUCUCUUAUAUAUAUACAAAAACAAAAAGAUUUUUGACACUCAAAUCACUGUCAAGCUAUGAACUGUGACAUUGACUAAAUAUGAAUGCACACAUAAAUGGAUGCGUGAAAACAAAUCUUUAUUUAGAAGCAUUCUGACCCAGCAUGGAUGUUAAGACCUGUUCUCCAGGUAUUUGGAGAAUGAUUCUGCCAAACAGGUUUUGAAUAAAAACCUAGCCAUCGUUCAUGUUCCAUCUGUAAAUGACGUUUAGCUGUAUCCUUUGCAAAAAGCUGUGUUUUGUCUUGUAAUGCAUACUAAUAUAUAAUGGUCCACAUAAAAUGAAAAUAUUUAAUGAUAUCUGAAAUUACAUGUCUUUGUUUUUAUUAUUGUUGCUAUCAUUUCCAUCUCUGGAUAUGGUCUGUGAGAUGAUCAGAUGUUGAAAACAAGUUGUAACCAUUGAACAUGCAGAUAGUGAAAAUUUGAAGAUUGUUUUCAAUAAACUCCUGUAAACCCA